GGAGGAGGGUGUGUUGUUCUAUCACUGCAGCAUCAGCAGAGAGGAAAGGGGCACAAUCAAUUUCAUAGAGAAGAGGAAGAAAAGGCACAAGUAGAUAAGGAAGAGAGGGGGGAAAAGGGACGCAAGGAGUUGCCAGAGGAAAGGAACAUCACUGUGAAGAGAGGAAACCAGCAGGAGGGCGUGGACCUGACCUAAAGAAGGGAAAAAAAAGAGAGAGAAGACAAGAGGGACCAAAGACGUACGACGCAAAGCCGAGGCCUCCUGGAAACAUAGCCUCACACUUGCUCUGCACGAGUGUGUGUGUGUGUGAGGUUGCCCUCUGUGCACAUUUUACUGUACGCGUGUGUGAGCAGGUGGGACUUUGAUGGGACAGUGAGCAAUGCCUCACACGCAGCGACAGCAGGUUGGCAGUAGGGGGCAGUGCUCCUCACACCUCCUCCAACUCCUCCUCCUCCUCUCCCUUGCUGCCCAGCCCAGCCAAGCAGCCAUAGACAUACCCUCCAACUACCACAUAAGUAAUCUCAAGAGGCCUCCAAUGAUCACCACACAGCCGGAGUCUGUCACUGUCUUUAGUGUUGAAGACCUCGUCAUGACCUGUGAAGCCAUCGGCAACCCUUUACCCAUUUUCCGAUGGACAAAGGAUGGAGAGGAGUUUGACCCCAGCAGUGACCCAGAGCUGAAGGUUUCCGAGCGCUCUGGCUCAUCUGCAUUCUACACACUGAGUAAUUCUGUGGACACCCUGAGGCAGUACCAAGGCAAAUACGUCUGCUACGCAUCCAAUGAGCUGGGGACAGCCGUCUCUAACGAGGCCAUACUCAACACUGAUGCUCCCCCAACCCAGCAGAAAGAAAAAAAGGUUAGUUUGAAGGCUGAAGAGGGAAACAGUAUGGUUCUGAAGUGCAACCCCCCGCAGAGCUCUAUGGAGCCUAUCAUUCACUGGAUGGACUGGAGGCUACACCAUAUCCUGCUGAGUGAGCGGGUAGUAGUGGGGAAGGAUGGCAACCUCUACUUUGCCUAUUUGACAACUGAAGACAGCCGGGAUGACUACACCUGCAAUGUCCAGUACCUUGCAACUCGAACCAUUCUGGCAAAGGAACCCAUCACUCUUACUGUCAACCCCUCCAACUCUGUACUGCGGAACAGGAGGCCCCACAUGAUGAGACCUACUGAAAGCCACAGCACUUACCAUGCCCUCAGGGGCCAGACCAUUGAGCUUGAGUGCAUCGUACAAGGCCUCCCAACUCCCAAAGUGUCAUGGCUGAGGAAGGACGGCGAGCUGUUUGAAUCUCGGACCACUAAAGAAAUGUUCAACCGCCGCCUGCGCUUCAGUAAUAUCUCUGAGAGUGACGGGGGCGAGUACCAGUGUAUAGCUGAGAACUCUCAAGGGAAGGCCACACACACUUACUUUGUGACUGUGGAAGCGUCUCCCUACUGGACCAUUGAGCCAGUCAGUCAGUUAUAUGCCCCAGGUGAGACUGUCAAACUAGACUGCCAGGCAGACGGCAUCCCCUCUCCUACCAUCAGCUGGACCAUAAACGGGAUCCCUCUCUCAGCAACCGACAAGGACCCCAGACGUUCUCUGAUGCCGAGCGGAUCUCUAAUACUUGAAGAUGUCAACUUUGGAGACACUGCCAUCUACCAGUGUCAGGCCUCCAACAAGCAUGGAACCAUCCUCACCAAUGCCAACGUCUAUGUCAUUGAGCUUCCUCCCCAGAUCCUUACUGAGGAUGGGAAUCAAUACACAGUUGCAGAGGGCCAGAAGGCUUCACUGGAGUGUGAAACAUUUGGCUCUCCUAAACCUAAAGUCAUAUGGGAGAGCGACAGCACCUCCUCCCUUCUGGCAGAUCCCAGAGUUAACCAACUCACCACCGGGGGGCUUGAGAUCUUUAAUGUCACCCACAACGACAAGGGCACCUACACUUGCUUUGUACUGAACAGCAACUUGUCUGUCAGUGCCGAACUGGAAGUGCUCAACAGGACAGUGAUCCUGUCACCUCCACAGGCUCUGAAGGUGCAGCCUGGAAACACAGCAAUCUUCACUUGCCAGUCCCUUGUUGACUCCAAACUCAGCUCUCCAUCCAUUCAGUGGAAAAAGAACGGCCAGAAUCUCUCUGAGUCCCACAGUGAUGAAAAAUACACAUUUGAUGGAUCAGACCUGAUAAUAGCUAAUGUGGAACCAGGGGAUGAAGGUGUGUACACCUGUCAGGUCAUCACUAAGCUGGACUUGGCUGAAGCCAACAGCACCCUCACGUUAUGUGAUCGUCCAGACCCUCCUGUCCUCCUCCAGAUCACUGACCCUAAGCAUCGUGCAGUCACCCUCAGCUGGACUCCUGGAGACGACCACAACAGCCCUGUGCUAGAGUAUGUGAUUGAGUUUGAGGACCAAGCUUUGAAGCAGAGGGGCUGGGAAGAGCUGAAGAAAGUAGGAGGAAAUAAGAAGCGUGCUAGCCUCACUCUGUGGCCCUACAUGUCGUACCGCUUCCGGGUCAUUGCCAUCAAUGAUGUGGACAAGAGCGACCCCAGCAAGCCAUCUGAAAUCCACAACACACCUGCUGAAGCUCCAGACAAUAACCCUGAAGAUGUUAGGAGUGAGUCCACAGACCCAGAUACCCUGGUCAUCACCUGGGAGGACAUGGACAAACGUAACUUUAACGGACCUAACUUCAAGUACCGGGUGCUGUGGAGGCGAGUGGUGGGCAGCGGGCCCAACUGGCACACCAACUACACAACUGCACCACCAUUCACGGUCAAUGACAUUGGCAACUUUUCUGCCUUUGAGAUCAAAGUUCAGGCUGUCAAUGAGGAAGGGGACGGACCUGAACCAGACCCUGUCAUUGGCUACUCAGGAGAAGAUUUUCCAUUGGAGGCGCCAAUGGAUGUUGGUGUUGUACUAAUGAACAGCACUACCAUCAGGGUGACCUGGGCAGCAGUAGACAAAGAGACGGUCAGAGGACACCUGCUGGGAUACAAGAUCUACUUGACCAGAACCGGCUCCAGGGGCCACCACCGAGGCCGGAGGGCCAAGGAGUCAGAGAGCACUGUGGUGGUGGAGACUGGGGCCAACGAAGAGAAGAAGGUGAUCAGUGAUCUUAGACCGUACUCCCACUAUACCCUGGCCGUCACUGUGUUCAACAGCAAGGGAGAGGGACCCCCCUCAGAGCCGCUGUCCUUCAAGACUGAAGAGGGAGUACCUGGUCCCCCCACGUCCCUGAUGCUGGACAGCCCGUCAGAGACAGAAAUGACCCUUCACUGGACGCCUCCUGGACAGCCCAAUGGAGUCCUCAUUGGAUAUCUACUGCAGUACCAGCAGAUUGUGGAGAGUGAUGACAGCCCCAUGCAGGUAGAAACAAUAGACGACCCCACAGUCACCCACCUCACCCUGAAGGGCCUGGACCGUCACAGCCACUACCGCUUCUAUCUAAGGGGGCGCACUCACGCAGGGGAUGGAGAGCCCAUCAAGAGAGAGGGUGCCACCAUGCUUGAUGGAGCACCUCCUGCCAACAUCACUACAUCUGUGGGGGAAAACUCGGUCAACUUCAGCUGGGUGGCCAAGAAGAGACACAGGAAUGUUAGCUUCCAGAUCUUCUACCUCAACAAAAAUGAUGGCGGUAAUUGGAAGAAGACGGAGAAGGUGAACUCCUCUCAGUCUUUCUACCAACUCCAGGGCCUGACUCCUGGCUCUCAUUAUCGUCUACGCUUCUCCUACAGCAACACCACCUUCUGGGAGACUGACAUCGACACAGAAGGAACAGGAGUGACGGAGGUGCAGCCAAGCUUUGCAACACAGGGCUGGUUCAUCGGUGUUGUGAGCGCCAUUGUGCUGCUGCUGCUGAUACUGCUCAUUCUCUGCUUUAUCAAGAGGAGUAAAGGGGGGAAGUAUUCAGUGAAAGAUAAAGAAGAGGGUCCGAUGGACUCAGAAGCACGGCCUAUGAAGGAUGAGACUUUUGGAGAGUACAGAUCCCUAGAAAGUGACCUUGAGGAGAAACGCACAGCUAGCCAGCCGUCCCUGGGUGAGGAGAGCAAGCUGUGCAGCGAGGACAACCUGGACUUCAACGGCAGCAGUGCCAUAACCACAGAGCUCAACAUGGAUGAGUCUCUGGCCAGCCAGUUCAGUCGGCCCAGCGAGGGGCCGGAUGGGCUCCGUGGCAUACCCGACAACUCCCCGCUCAACCCCAACACCAUCUCCCCAGCCACCAAUGGCAUGCCCAACUCAGUCACCAUCCUCGAUUAACCCCCACAUAUCCACCGCGGACCAUCAGACCAAAACAUCUCAACACAUGUGCCCAUACGCUCCUGCUCCCUACUGACUUGCUCUUGAUCUGUAGUUUAACGACUAAUACACAAUCAAUAUAUUGACUAUUCAGAUGCACCUGGCAGUCAUCUGAACGACUGGACUAUUUGACCAAAGGAGUGUCCAAAGUAGUGGACAAUGUGAUACAAGUUUGACUGACCUGAAGAUGUCCUUUGACCCCUACCCCCUCCCCCCCCCACCCUCCUCUAUCUGUGUGUUUACAGCAUAUCUUGAUGACUAACAUUCAUUUCUCUCUCUUUCCUCUCUUUUGUUUCUCUACGCAGACAACUGUAUAGAAAGAUUAAGACAGAAUGUUGUACAGGUAGACAUAUCAGAGGGAUUGUAGGUAUGGUCCUAUAGAGAUGCAGAGUAGUGCAUUGAAAGAGGACGGAGGAGGAUGAUGGUAGAGCCUUGUGUGGGGAAACAGACGGCACAUGCUGCUGUAAAAAGUCUUGAAUCUUAGAAAUUUGUCUUACAUUCAUUAUUUCUCACAUGAUUUUGUAUGUCUAAUGCCAUUUGAUGUCUCAGAUUGUACUUGCCAGUGACAUUUUUUUUUCUUUUGUUAUCUUUUAUUGAUAUUAUCACUUUUUCAUAUUGUUUUCUACAAUAUUUGUUAAACACAUAACUUCUCCUCAUCGUCAUAUUUCAUAGAUCGAAUUGUUUUAAUUGAAACUAAGUAAAGCCAAGUUUCUUACUAUAAAUAACAUUGGAUGCAUAAGGGGAACUUGCUGUGAAAAUGCUGAGUAGCAUCUGGUGUAUAUAGCUGCAUCUACAUCUAUCUAUUUAGCCAUAAUACAGUAUUAUAGAUAUGUACAUGCUCCUUAUAAGUUCCUGUGCCUGCUGGGUUUGCAUAGAGCACCAGAUUGAUGUCAUUACUCUCUCGCCUUCCCACCAGAAGUGUAAUGUCAUUAUUGGAAAUGAUAUUGUAAUUUUUCGUGUCGAGACCUAUGUGUAGCUUUCUGUAUAUGUCUUUGUCUCUUUCUACACUGUAUUAAAAACAUUGUUGUCUCUAAUCAACAAUCUUUUCAUACCUGUCCAUCUCAUACUACACAAAUUGUUUGAGGAGCAGUAUUUAUGUAUAUUUACAGAUCAGAGAGUGGAGUCUUGUGGGCAGGCACUCUCAAGUUUUAUUUUCAGACCCUCAUCAAUGUAAGUUCAUAUUGCAGACAGGCGUUAUGAUUGCCAGUUGAUGUAUAAUAAAGACAAGCAGUUGGUAUUUACAUCAAACACAGAGAAUGUAUUCUUUUUAGAGCUGGGCAGACAUUGUAUUUACAUGCUACUGAUAAAAAAAAAAUCUGACAAGAGUGGUUAUGAGACGAUCUGGAAGGAGUUUCUUUCCCCCCACAGAAUGUAAAUACAACCCUUACAGAUUGUUUUGAUGAACCCAACCAUGUUUGAUAUAAAAAUGUGAAAAUGUGCAGGUUUGAGGCCACUUAACUUUAAAAUGUUGCAAGUUGUCCUUUUUCUUCUUUGUAAUAUUGCUAUGAAUUCAAACUUUCUGUUUUUGACUAAUGAUUGCAGUAAGAUUUGGCUGUUUUAGCAAAAAUAGUUCAUAGUUGAGGAAAAAAAAUAAAAAAAGGGAAAAAAAUCCACAUUGUUCUGUAGAUGUUUGCAAACAUUUCAAAAUCUGAAAAUCUAAAAAGUUGUACAUUAGUGUCAUUUAGUGAUAGUAGUUACAUUACAAUGAAAACUAAGAUUGCGUUCAUGCCCAUAAACAUCCAGCAAUGCAUUGCAGCGCAGUGAAUAUCUGUGGAGUUUUUGUCUCAUGCAGUUAUGAGAGGCAGAGAUGCAGCGAGCCAGUUUGUGCAUACCACAGGGAGUACCUAUAUGCAACGUUGCUGCCUCAGUUCUCUCUAGUCAAAUAAAAGCUUGACUCUGGCCAAACAUCACCUGACAGUCCCUGUGGUAAAGAAUACGGGAUGUCUAUAAAGGCUAGUGGCACUGAAAGAGGUGUGUGUAAGCUCCCCUGUUGUUGGUUAUUCAGACACACUCAGGACAAAUAAAGCUUUUAAAAAAAUCUAUUUUCAUACAGGAGCGGUGAAUGACACAAAAUAUGCCAAUAUUCUAACUUGACUAUCUGCUGCUAAACAUCUGUGUUUGUCAGUGUUCGAGGGCAAAUGUUAGCUUUGAAUGAGGAAUGAGUGUACACACACAGAUACUCACUAGACUGCCAUUCACUCUUUGCUUUUCAUGUGUCGAGGGGGGAAGCUGACAACACUGGCCUUUGCUUUUCAACUGCUGUUUUCCCAGCCCUUUUUUUUUUAAAUAUUCAAAAGAUAAAAGCCUAAAAAAGUGAAUUGGUUCAUUUAGAGAAGCUUCUUCAGAACAGCAGGCAGAUUGUAAACAACAAUGCCUGAGUGGGGAGGGGAGGGGUGAGGGGAGGAAGGAAGUGUGUGUCACUGCCGGAGUGUAGAUGUGCCUCUUUGUGGUGUGUGGGGUGCACAAUUAGCACAAUGGGACUGAUGGUAUCCAUAUGUAUCAUGGAUGAACAACAGGAGUUAGAUGGACUUGUACCACAUAUGGGGCCAAUAAUUGUAACUGCAUUAUGAAUCUACCACUGUAACUGGACAUAUGACUGAAAAAUAAAGUACGUGGAACAAUCUGUAUCAAAAAA